UUUUUCUACUGGAAACAACAAUCCAAAUGGACCAGGGACCUAACUUAUUCUCCAAGAUCAUUAAUUAGUAAAAUAAUGAAGAUAUGAAAGGUACUGGUAGCCUAAUUUGACAAGGAAGAAGAAAAUCCUUGUGACCACUGGCUCAAUAGCAACUAUCCUUGACUUAAAUUUCAAACAGAAGUUUCAGAAAGGCACCAGUAUAAAUAUCGAACUAGAAGUAUUUAGGAACCAUAAAGCAUUCAAUAGAACCAAAAACCAAGUAGCUGAAAAUCUUCAAGUUAAUGGAAGAUCUGAAAAUCCUGUCCCUAAAAAUCACUGCUCUACUUCUGGUAAGCUACUUCUUUCUGAAAGUUUUUUACUCCAUUUGGUGGAAGCCAAAAUGGCUUGAAAGGCGCUUAAAACAGCAAGGAAUUAGAGGCAACCCCUACAAACUUCUGAUUGGAGACAUGAAAGACUUCAUGAAGCAAAUCACUGAAGCAUGGUCUAAACCAAUGAGCCUUUCUCAUCAGAUUGCACCGCGUGUCGAUCCCUUCACUCUCAACACAGCUCAAAAAUAUGGAAAAGUAUCACUAUGCUGGGCAGGGACAACUCCCAGGUUGAACAUUAUGGAUCCUGAUAUAAUAAAAGAAGUGCUAGCUAACAAGCAAGGUCACUUUGGUAUAACACCGCUGGCGUUGAACCCUCUUAUACUCAUUCUGACAGAAGGAUUGACACUUUUAGAGGGUGAAACAUGGGCUACUCACAGGAGGAUAAUGACUCCCGCAUUCAACUCGGAGAAACUAAAGGGAAUGGUAUCAAUAUUUGCAGAGAGUUGUGUCUUGCUGGUAGAAAAGUGGAAGAAAUCAAUUGCUCUUGGUGGAACCUGCGAAAUAGAUGUCUGGCCCGAAUUUCAGGAUCUGACCGGAGAUAUUAUUUCUCGGACAGCAUUUGGAAGCAACUUCGACGAAGGAAAUCAAAUCCUAAAGCUUCAGAGAGAGCUGCAAGGUUUGGUUGUUGAAGCCAUGCAGAGCUUGUACAUUCCUGGUCUCAGAUUCAUUCCAACAAGAAAGAACCGGAGAAGAAAAAGUUUGGACAAAAACAUUACUUCAAUGCUCAGGUCUUUGAUUGAGAGAAAGGAAACCCUGAUGAGAACUGGACAAACAAAUACAGAUGAUCUACUUGGCCUACUCUUGCAGUCUAAUGAUGAAAACAGCCUACAAUCUAGUCCACAGAACAAAAAUGGUAACAAGAUGACCAUCAAAGAAAUAAUAGAGGAAUGCAAGCAGUUCUACAUAGCUGGUCAAGAGACAACCUCAAGCUUGUUAACAUGGACGAUGAUCAUCCUGGCAAUGCAUCCAGAGUGGCAAGAGCAAGCAAGGGAAGAAGUUCUGGCAUUGUGUGGGAAACAGCAUCCUGAUGCCAAAACCAUAAGCCAACUUAAAACUGUAACCAUGAUUCUUCAUGAAGUUCUCAGAUUAUAUCCACCAGCUAUCGCUCUGUAUAAACAUACAUACCAGGAAACAAAGAUAGGAAAUCUCUCUCUUCCAGCAGGAGUAGAUCUUACACUGCCCUUAUUACUCAUCCAUCAUGACCCUGAGCUAUGGGGCAGUGAUGCGGAGGAAUUUAAACCUGAAAGGUUCUCAGAAGGAUUGUCCAAGGCUUCGAAAAAUCAACUAGCAUUCUUCCCUUUUGGGUGGGGUCCCAAAACCUGCAUUGGCCAAAAUUUUGCACUGAUGGAAGCAAAGAUUGCAUUAUCCAUCAUACUACAAAAUUUCUCAUUCGAGCUCUCACCAUCCUACACGCAUGCCCCCAACACUGUUAUGACUCUUCAACCACAACAUGGAGCUCCCAUCAUAUUAAAGGAAAUUUAGAUCACGACUCAGGACAUUGAAGAUGUAAGAUGUUCUCAAGACCUACUAAACAAUAAGAACUGUCAUGCCAUGAUUUAUAUCACUGGAGAAACAUUUCUCAACAAAACCGUGUACUCAUAUUUUUAUGGUCAGAAUUUUUGUACCUGCAGAAUCUCAUGAUUUCAGUA